AUGCUCACUGGGAAUGGCUGCUUUGGCCUUUCAAAAGAGAUGAAACCGGAUUGUGAUGAACUGGGAGGGGAGAAGGGAAGCCAUGGUGAUGGUUAUUGGGAGAGCUGCUGCAGCUGGGAGGGUGGUCGUGGGCGUGGGUCUGAGAAUGAGAAGGAGAAGAGUGAUAAGAACGAGAAGUGUCAGAAGAAUGGCGAGACUGAUAAGGGUGGCGGCGGUGGUGAGAGAAAUGGGAGUGAGAAUGACAAGAGUCACAAGACUGAGCUUGUAAAGAGUGAGAAGGGUGAGAAGAAUGAGAAGAGUGGGAAUGAGAAGAAUGAGAAGAGUGGGAAUGAGAAGAAUGAGAAGAGUGGGAAUGAGAAGAAUGAGAAGAGUGGGAAUGAGAAGAAUGAGAAGAGUGGGAAUGAGAAGAAUGAGAAGAGUGGGAAUGAGAAGAAUGAGAAGAGUGGGAAUGAGAAGAAUGAGGAGGAAGUUCAACACGAGGCGACGAUACCAAUGGAGGAAGACUCGGCACCAGAGCCUGCUGCCAAGCAUGCAACCAGCGGCAGUGGCGGUACAGAGGAAGCUUAUAAGGGGGACGGCGCCGAGGCGAUGCAAGUUGAGGAGGUGGGAGAUGAUAGGGGAUUCAGGGGCAUGGAGGAAGUGGCGAGCACACCGGAACUAGAGAGGGAGGUGAAGGGCGGAACCCAGACGUCUAGCAGCAGCAGUGAUGGCAUGCCGAGUCAGCAAGGGAGGGAACCAUUGAUGCUGGCCGGCUUGCUGAGUCGUUGCUCGACGAACAAGGUGGCGAUGGAUGGUGAAGAGUUAUCGCGCCGUAACAGUAUCAGUUACCGGAACAGCGAAUCCCCAGCGCAUGGGGAGGGCGAGUGCAUGGGCAAAGGAGGUGCAGGAGAAGCAGGGAAAGAAGGGAAAGCAGGGGAAGCCGGGGGAGAGAUGUAUGACAAGCACAAGCUGCCUAUGAAGCGACCCUUCAAUCACGCCCCUCUCUGUACGACUGCCGGUGGUGCUGCUGCUGGUGCUGCUGCUGGUGCUGCUGGUGCUGCUGGUGCUGCUGCUGCAGCUAUUGCAACGUCCACAGCCCUGCCCGCCCUCCCCCCUCGCCCUGCCCCUCCGCCGCCCAGCCCUCUCUCCAUCCCCAUUGCCUUCUCCAGAGGCUUGGGAGAAGGUGGGGAGGCUGCGCAUGGGGCGUUGAGGCUGGAAGGGGGAAAGGUGACUAAUGGAGGAGAAGAGGAGAGGAUGGGGGAGGAGCAAGUGAGGAUUGUAGGAGAGGAGGUGAGGAGGAGAGAAGAGAAGGGUAGGGUGGAGGGAGAGGAGAGGGAAAUGGAGUGUGAAGGGGGUGAUGGUUGCAACGGUGGUACUGAUGGUGGUGAUCAGAAGGGUGGCAGUAUAGGUGGCGAUAUGGGCGAUGUGGGCAAAGGUGAUAUGCUCAACGCACAUGUGGCAUGCCUUGAGGUGGCGACGCCACUGGACCAGCUGCUGCUGAUUCAAGUGCAGAUGGAGCGAGCAGACCUUGUUGCUUCCACCUACACUCGCUUGCUCCACACAUCCGCCCCCACCACCACCACCACCGCCACCGCCACCGCCACCGCUGCUGCUGGUGUUAACACCAACGGUACUGCUGACGCCUCUGCUAAUGCCGUCGGGCCUGCACAAUCAGGUGCUCCUGCUGCUGCUCCUGCUGCUGCUGCUGGUGCUCCUGCUGCAGCAGCAGCAGCAGCAGGAGGAGGAGCAGCAGCAAGUGUGGCUGGUCAGAAGUAUGCUACCAAUGGGAACGUGCCAUGUGGCGGUCAGGGGUUGGCGUCCGAUACGGAAGAAGCUGAGCUGGACAACUUCAUGGGUCAAUUUGUGAAGCUGCUGCGGGCGUUCAAGGAGCAACUGGAGGAGCACAUCCGAGUGCACGCCAGGGAGGCCGUUACCACAUGCGCCCGCCUCAAGCACGCCGUUGCUGCUGCUGGGGGCACUGCUGCUGAUAAGCUUGCUGCGUCUGGGGCUACCAUGUCCGAUGAUGAAGGCGGGGGAGGGGAUAGGCCCAGCAGCAAUGGGGGCAUUAGAGCCCUGGAGGAUGCAUGCAACAGCCAUGGGAAUGGGCAUGUGCAUGCGUAUGAUAAUAGUCAUGGCAGCGGUUACAAUAGCCAAGGGAGUGGGUACCAUGGUCACCGUCUCAACUCCUUCAUGCCUGUUGCUGCUGGUGGGAGUGGCAGUGGUGGCGGUGGCGACGGUGGUGGAGGCAGCAGCGGUGGUGGGUGUGGCAGCAUGUCAGGCUCGUUUAACUAUCAGCACCAGGGUUACUCGCAGCACCAGAAUCAUCCCCCCCACCACCACCACCACCACCAUCAGCAGCAGCAGCAGCAACAGCAGCAGCAGCAGCAGAGUCCAUCCAUGCACGCACCCCAUCAGCCCCUCACCCUCCUCCCGCUCCCCCCUGCACCACACCCUACCACGGGCAUGGGUGGGAGUGCAUGCAUGGGUGCACCCAUGGCAUUCGGGGCAAUGCAGCAGGGCAUGGGGGGGCAUGGCAGCAUGGGGACACAUAGCAGCAUGGGCAUGGGGAUGGACACGGGCAUGGGCAUGGACAUGACAGGGAGCAUGGGCAUGAGCAUGGGCAUGGGGGGAGCACAGGACAGGAGUGCGGUGGAAGAGGCACUACUCAAGGAAUACGGUAGAGAGGGGUUCCGCACUCGUCUGCUGGGAGUGAGGGAGGAGAUCAUGCGCAAGAGGCGCGCGGGGAAGCUUCCAGGAAACACCACGCAGGUGCUCAAGGCGUGGUGGAACGAGCAUAUCCAGUGGCCCUACCCCACGGAGGAGGAGAAGGUGGGCCUGAUGGCACAGACGGGGUUGGAGCUGAAGCAGGUGAACAACUGGUUCAUCAACCAGCGCAAGCGCAACUGGCAUGGCAACCCCGCUGUCGCAGCCGCGCAGCACAAAGGGCCCAAGCAGGCCAAGCGCAAAUGA